AGCAUGUUGUUCACUUGUCGUUGUUGUAUUUGUUGGUAGUGUACUGUAAGUCGUGUAGAUAUUGUAAUUUAAAUAGUGUACAUAAUUAGAGCCAUAUAGUAUAAGUAGAGUACAGUGUUGUAAGUAGUCUAAGGAGCGUACUGUUCGUAAUUGUAUUGUAAGUAUUGUUUCCCUUGUAUUGAAAAAAAAAACUCUGUGUACGUGUUGAGGUAUUUCGCAAACACUCGUACAGCAGACAGGCUUCAACAUUGCAGCUGCACUGGCCAUCUUGUAGGUCUCAAAAGAAUUGCUAACUGGUGACAUUCGUUUUAUUUCUCUUCCGGUUUGUUAUAUAAAAAAAAAUGACGUGUGUGUGCAGACAGUGUUUACAAACUAUGAUUUACAGUGUGGUUUUAGUGUAUUUCAUUCACUGCAUACAGGGCGAUCAAGAGUGUGAUUCUCUUUAAAUAUAAAUAAUUAAACUAAUGUUAGAAUGACUAUUAGCCAAAUAGUGUUCAACUUCUGUCCUCACCCCACAGUUCUCAUCCACUACAGUGUAUACUGACUGACUAAAAGAUUGAACCUCAUAGACGAGUGUAGGCAGACUUAUUUGUUGAGUUACGUAAUGACCGAGGUUGAGUUGAAAUACGAAACGAUAGGAUUUCUUGCAAAUAAUUGCUGAGAUCGUUAAUUUAUCUGAAAUGUACGGCAGAAGUUGUAACUUUGAGGGACUUGACAUGACUAGAACGCAAGUGAAUCACGACAAAAAUAGAUCAUCUGUUGCUAUAAGUAAACGAGAAGAGCUAUCACGCCAACACGUAAUAUAGUCGAAGCUUUUUUCCUUGUUUUGUAUCCUCGGUGGUCGCCAAAAAUAACUUUUCAACGCUUCUGUACACCGCGCUUUGGAGUUGUAAAUGGCAAAGUUAAAUGUACUCAGUAAUUUCUUUACGCGAAGUGGCAAUUUGCUGUAUUUUAGAGUCUUUUCGGAUGUGUAAUGGCUGAUUAUCGUAACCCGGUCUUUCGUGUUAUAUUUACACUGACGUCACGAGAUCACGCCAUGCCCAAAAUAACUUCUUCGUAAUGCAUUAUCGUUCGGCAUUUUGAGCAACUUGUGCAGGGCUUCAUACUCAAUGCAUGCUGAUUGCCACCGUUAACUUCAGCUCGCGUUUUGUAAAGCACUUUUACAAUGGAGCGGCAAAACUCCUUGAGGCUGUCUAUUGAUACGUUAGUCCCUCCUGUACCGUGCAGCAGGCAUCGAGGAUUUCUUGAUUUAGACGCUUCUCGAAGUGAGUGCUGGGUUUGUUACGACAGCGAGCGUACAGAUGCUGGUCCAAUGAUAUUUCCCUGUCAAUGUAAGGGAGAUGUGGCCGCCGUACACCAUGACUGUCUCAAGAGAUGGCUCAUUGAGUCAUCUGUGGAUAGUGGAGAGGAUAACCGUAAGUGCAAAGUUUGCGGAGAAGAGUACAAACUGGCAACGGGAAGGGCGUGGUUACCAAGUGGUCUGACUGUACGACAUUGGGUUCAGACGACUGUAAUCCUGUCCAUGAUGAUUGGAGCGCCAAUCGGUGUUUACAUGGUUUGCUUAUCCAGCAUACCUCCUGCUUGUAAGAUUCUGGUCAUAGGACUUGCUGUUGUGCUGGAAUACGUGUGUCUUAGGUGAGUGGGACCUCAUAAGUUAACUGGUUAGUCAUGAACAGAGAAGGUCAGUUGUUUGGUUGAUACAGUCAGUCAGUCAGUCAGUCAGUCAGACAGACAGACAGACAGACAGACAGAAAGUCUUCUGUCUGUCUGUCCG